AUGAGCAAGCGCCCGGCAGACGAGCCACUGGAACAGUCCACUGCAUCUCCCUUCUCCAAACGCGCCAGGGUCGAAGACGUUGUCGACGAGGAUGCGCCUGUGAAUACCACCACGAAGCCGACCAACGGACAUGCCCAUGGCAUAGCUGAAGCUGCUGCACAAGAGAACGAAGCGCUAGAGAGGGCUGAACCGGAGGACGACGAGGACGAUCAACCUGCUGUCUCGGGUCCGACGCGACAAAAAGCGCCAGCCGAAGGCUACUCAGAUCUAUACCUCGACACCAUCAACCGCGGCGUGCUGGACUUCGACUUCGAGAAACUAUGCAGUGUCACGCUAUCAAAUAUCAACGUCUAUGCCUGUCUGGUCUGCGGUACCUACUACCAGGGUCGGGGUCCGAAAUCACAAGCCUAUUUCCACGCUCUCGACAUCGGUCACCAUGUCUUUAUCAACAUGCACACCAAGCAGGUCUAUGUCCUGCCCGACGGCUAUGAGGUCAAGCACAAGAGUUUGGAGGAUAUCAAGUUCGUCGUCGAUCCAAAAUACUCGAAGCAAGACGUCACGAAAUUGGAUAAGGUGCGCCUACAUGCCUGGGACCUUCAAGGNAAAAAGUACACGCCCGGCUAUGUCGGUAUGAACAACAUCAAGGCCAACGAUUACUUCAACGUCGUCUGCCACGCUCUAGCCCACGUCCCUCCGCUCCGCAACUUCUUCAUGCUCGAGGACUUGCACGAUCGACCACAGCUUGUCCAGCGCUUCGGCACACUAUUGCGCAAGAUCUGGAACCCGCGUUCGUUCAAAGCACACGUCUCUCCCCACGAGCUGUUGCAGGAAAUCUCACAAAGGUCCAACAAGAAGUUUUCCCUGACAGAACAAGCCGAUCCUGCAGAUUUUCUUUCCUGGUUCCUCAACAAUCUACACACAGGCCUAGGCGGAAGUCGUUCGAAACCUCGCAGUAGUAUUGUACAAAAGAUCUUCCAAGGUCAAUUGCGCGUCGAGUCGCAAUCUAUCACUGCUCGCGCCGAUGCACAGGAUCGCCUGCGCUUCGAAGACGCCGCCAUCCAGAGCGCCGUCACACCUUUCAUGAUGCUUACCCUGGAUCUCCCGGCAGCACCAUUAUUUCAAGACGAUAGGAACGAGAACAUUAUCCCUCAAGUCAGUCUUACAAAUAUCUUGGGCAAAUAUGAUGGCAUUCGCGCACAAGAACGCCUCAACACACGCCUCCGUUACCGCCUCCUCCACCCUCUACCGCCGUACCUUCUCAUGCACGUCAAGCGCUUCGCACCAAACAAAUUUCUUCAAACUCAACGCAAUCCAACAAUUGUUACCUUUUCUCCACGCUCGCUAGACAUGUCACCCUACGUUGAACCUAACCCAUCGCUUCAUUCGCCCUCAGAGCCUAUCAUAUACGACCUGGUAGCCAACAUCACUCACGAAGGUGUUCGUGUACGCGACGAUAGUGUAGAGGGAGAAGCCGAGAAGAAGGUCUGGCGUGUGCAGCUGCUGGAUAGAGGUAGGGAAGAAGGCGGUAAUGCUGACACAGACCGCUGGGUCGAGAUGCAAGAUUUGUGGGUUGGAAAAGUGGAAGCUGAGCUUCUGAGUACAAAGGAAGCAUACGUGAUGGUCUGGGAAAGGAGAAGAAGCAAUGUCGCUGCCAAAAAGAAGUAA